AUUGACGUAAUAUCACAAGUAUUAGUAUAAUAAGACAGUGAAGGCGUUCCAUAGUUUUUGAUUUUAAAAUACUUCAAAGGCCUACCAUAGGUAGGUGGAAAUGAAAGGGGCUAUACCAGUGACAGUAGCAAGCAUGGAUUUGAUGCUCCAAGGCGAGCUCAUGUUGCCAGGCAGAAAGUCACCCAAUGGACCGCUGAUUGUGCAUGGGCAUCGCCAUAACCUCAAGAACAGAUUCGAGCUCAUACGAACACUUGGGGAAGGCACGUAUGGAAAAGUGAAGCUUGCUGUUGAGCGGUCAACGUGCGAACAGGUUCGACAAAAGAACUUCAUCAGCCAAGGGAAUGCCACAGUCUUCGGGGAAGAAAACAUGGCUACAUCUGGAGAGAGCUUAAAGAUCUACUAUGACUGUAAAGUAACAAAGCCCAGAUGGUCCUAUGAUGACUCAACAAUGGGUGACAAGGAAAACACAAGAACACCUUUUUAAGACGAGGUCCACUUUUGAGAACUUUGACUGGAAAUCAUAGUGCUUCAUUUGUGGCGAAAAGUGCAGCCGUCAUAGAGACAAUACAUCAAGAGGUUUUAGCAGAAGUUGGUCCCUAGGGCCAAACAAAAAAAGAUGUGUGUUUCGGGAAACGGCUGAAAAAAAUUAGGUAGGGUAGGUAUUUUUUUCUGGUCUUUUCUACACAUCCAUGUUCUCAACAAGAUAUUGUUCCCAAACAGUCGAUACUUACAGAUAAUUCUUACUCACUUUAAGAUCAAAACCGUCGGUGGAUACCGUAAUCUUGACAAGUAAACACAGAUGAGAUGCUAUUUAUCAUACGUGAUAUGGAGAGUCCUCAGUUAAUCUGCACUAAUCGGAGCAAAUUAUCAGCUACAUUUGUUCGAGUGGACAGAAACCAACGCAUUUAUCUUGUAAUCUAAAAGUGCUGAGAUUAAAAAUUGUUAUAGGGCGGUUAACUUCAUUGCUUGUAAAACUUGGUUGACGAAUUAAAUUGUUGCAAAAUUUUGCCCAGAUCUUCGACUUCAAUCUGAAAAAGCCAUAUAUACAUGAACAUAAUAAUCUGCAAUUCUGUCGUGUGUGUUUCUUUCCUCAUAGUAAUACUGUAUUCGAAUAGUAAAGCUUAAUGCGAGUGAACUCGUUUAUAUUCGAGGGUGAAGAUAGCUUACUUAUAGCCCUCUACUGUUUGAUAACCCAAGCUAAAAUAAGUCGUAGCUUGCUGAUUCAAGCCGAAAUAGGUAACAGUUUGCAACUUCGAUGAUACGCGUGUCACAGUACAGAAUGCAUGCUUAAAUAUACGUAGUACGUUUGAAAAAAGAGUCUUGCUAAACAAUAAUAGUACUUAUAAAACAAAGGGUCUUUAUUUCAUUGAAACGAAUUUUGUUUGAAGAAUACAAAAUGUGUCUGUCCAAAAGCGCUUGGUGCGAUAUAUAUGUUUAUUUAUUUUUGCGUGUGUACUUAAUCGAUUAACUCUUAAGGCUUCUAGCGCAAUCGCUUGUAUAAUUCUAUCUAUGCAAUUAAUUAUAGCAAAUUAUUCGUUAUUCUACCGAUUACAAUGCGUUUUUUUCAGUAACGUGUUCAUCUAAAUCAUUUUUUUUCCAAGUGUGUUUGGAAUUGGAUUAAACGUAGAUCCAAAAGUGUGCUUCUGCUCGUUGGCGCUGUUCGGCAAAUGUUGCUGUAAUUUCACCCGACUUAUAUUUUAAGUUGUGUCCAAAUACAUCCUUGCUUGAAAUUAAUUCCUGAGUCAGACAAAAACAAAUGUGAUAAAAGUCAUAAAACUUAUCCUAGGCGGUAAAACAAUUUGGCCGCCUGUGAGAAGUUUGUUUGAAAAGCUCUCCAAAAACAAGGAUAUUAUCAUUAAGUGUGUGAAAUCUUAACUCUGCAUAAAUGUAAAGACAAUUAUCCCCAUCAAGUGAUUUCUACUGAUAGCAUGUUCUGAUUUCUUCGCCAAGCUGUUUGUUUUCACUGCUGAUGUGGGCACAAUGAUUUUAUCUUAUCUGAGUACACAUUGCUCACGAAGACCUUUUGUGACAAUAUUAUGUGCGACGUCUGUUCGUUAUCAUGUACCAUAUUGCUCAAUUUUCACGAAACUUUUUCAGCACAUGCCGCAAUGAUAUUUCGGACAACGUCACUAGGUCAGAUUAAAAAAAGGGAUUGUGAAAACUGUAGAAGAAACAUGUGUUACACAAUCUUCAUGAAGCGUACCCAGAACAUGUGUUUUUAUGAUAUUUCAGCAGAGUGUUUGGAAACGAUUUUCGUUCGUUAAAAACACGGCGGUCUGCGGGAGGGGGGUAGCAGCUGUUAUAACAUGGGUAUAGUCAAACCUUGUGACACUCUAGAAGUCUGAUGUUUUGCACAAUCAUUAUGAGACUUGCAUAGAACCUUUUUUUCAAAUGAUAUAUCAGCAUAGUUUGAAAAUGGCCCUUGUCCUUUUAAAAAACAUGGCCGCCGUUGGGUAGGGCAGUUUUCUUAUGUGGCUAUAGUGAAACAAGAAGGUGAGGCAGUUGUUCGAGGCUAUAGUGAUAUAUUGUGGACUCGCUAGAAGACAAUCAUCAUAAAUUUCAAUCAGAACAUUUUUUAAUGAUAUCUCGGCUGAGUUUGUAAAUUAUUUCGGUCUGGUUUUUCUUCUUUUGCGUCUGGGAAACCAUGUAAACACUUAAAAACACAUAUCAUUUUGUCCAAUGAUCAUUAAACUUGCUCAGAACAUUAGUUCUAAUGAUUUCGAGGUCGAGUAUGAAAUAAGUUCCGGUCCAUUAAAAAAUACGCUUAGCGGUUCUACUGACCUAUUGUGUAGACAGCGAUGUUUCAACAAAAGGGAUUAAAAUGUGCGAAAGCGACUCUUUGCGGAUAAUGGAGCGUGGAGCAAACGAUAAUUGCCGGGCGUAAAAUCGGAUGAUUGAUAACGAUAGCGGAAGUGGCAAAUGCGCGGUUAUUUUCGGGCACUACAUAUUUUCAGAGAUCUGUUUUUUUUACAAGACGAAAAAAAGUAGGGUCGGGACCAAAAUCGUAGGUAGGGUCGGGUUACUCGAAACACACAUUUUUUUGUUUGGCCUAGUUGAAACUUCUAUAUCUUCAGACUCUAACUCUAUAUAUCGCAAAGUGAUUGCUACUGCAAUAAAUGAUGUAGCCAUUAUUGACAGAUUGGCAAGUGUUCCAAAUGGUGAUAUUGUAGCCAUUGAGGCUCGAUAUCUUAGAAAAAAGGUUGUUUGACUAAAUAUUACCAGUGUAAUACUUAUGCAUUUUCCGGGCUGACACCCAAUAAGGCCACUUCUGAAAACCAAACAAUUUCAUACACAAUAAUUGAUGAGAUAAUUAAACAUGAAUUUGAGCAUUCUAUUGUUGUUGAUAAAAAGGUGUUCUUCUUUCCUACAUUAAAAAAACGUUUUGUUGAAAUUGCUGAAUCAGAAGGAUGUUCAAAUGAUGCUAACUCUUAUAUAUAAGCUCCAAUUUGAAAAAAAAUGUUUUGAAAAAUUAUGGCCAGAGGUAUCCUUUAUUCAUCAGCAUGAAAAGCCUGACCUAGUUUGUUCGUCUAGUUUUACUAUUAAUGAUGCUGUCAGAAAGUCAAAGGAGAUGGAACAGGUCAUUCAAGAUGACAAUGAGUGUUCAUACGAUGAACUACCAGAGUCAGAGGACGACACAGAUGAAGCUGUAGUUCAUAAGGCGAUGGGUAUUUUGAGAAGACGAAUUAUAGAGAAUAAUCCUAAAUUUGAUGACUUCUUUUACGCUCCAGAAGAAAUGAAAUUGUCAGAUCAGAAGCAGUUUGUGCAGCCUCUUCUUUACAAGGCAGUGUGUUGGUUACAUUACAAAAAUGCUACAAGGAAGCUUCUGAGAGGACCAUUACAAGAUGUCUAGCUGUUGCUUGUGACCUAACUACACUUGUCACGUGAAACCCAUCCCCUAAACACCUGGGCUUAGGGAUACACUUCAACAACGAGUUUGGCAGCCGCCAUCUGAUUGAAGAUAUGUACUCUCUUGUUUAUUCCAUCUCAUAUCCAAAUCUUCGGUUAUUAAUUCUUGACAUCAGCAGCCCAACAGAACAUUGCAUCACACAAAAUAUCAUACUCUGGUGGUAUUGUACCAGACAAUAUACUACAUAGAGACAAAAGAGGGAAGCUUGUAGUGGCAGUUGCUGAUAACUGGAAUCUGAUUGAACGAACAGUUGAUGGUAAAAGGACGACUCAUGCGAUGACAGGAAUGUUGGUCAGCAGUGCGCCAGCCGAGUCAACGAGACUUCCGAAAGCAACAAGUAGUACGUUUGACAGUCAGUCACUUUCUGGUUUACAGGAGUUGUUUUUCAGUGUUUGUAACUUGAAAACAUAAUUUGUUAUUUGCAUCAUUUGUAUUAGUAAAUACAAUGUAAAACCUCAUAAUUUACAACAUUUGUAAAUAACGUUUAUGAGUCUGUAUCAAGCACUAAUACCUGGUUAGAUUUGAUUGUUGAAUAAAUAUGAUACAUGGAACACUGCAUAGCUGUUCUUUACAUUUGCCGUGAUAAGUCUUAAAGUAUUUAUUAAAGAAUAAAAGCAAACUUAUUGAACUUGAUGGUUAUAAUGCCAAAUGACUUUCCACGAACCAGGAAAAUGGCCACAUAGCGUAUGUAGUCUUGGUUACCAUGGUUACCAACACAAUUUUAGGCAUUUACUUUUGUUUUAAAAUGAAGCUUGUAAAUGUGGCUAUAUAAUAAAGAGGUUAGUUAUCACAGCAAAUGUAAAGCAUUUGAA